AAAAACUAUCCAUACCAACGGAAUGAAAGUGCAAUUGAUUGAAUUCUCAAUGGUGGUAUGCCUGAUAAAAAGAAAAGGUUAUAAACCUCACUUAAGAAGCAAGAGACUAUCAUGAAAAUGAAAACAUGUGGAGAUUACAAAAAAGCGAAGGAAAUUGUUGUCAAUUUUGGCAAAACCUCUACCCUGCAUGGAGCUUCUCGUGUUUGUUUACCUCAAAAGUCUUCAAAAUGCUGCUGGUUACUCUACACGGCCCUCAUGGCGUUUUGUUUCUUAAGCGUUGCAUUAAUCAUUGCAUCACUUCUUUAUGACAUGCUGAACAAAGAUUCAACCAUCAUCAACUCCGUUAAUCAAGACUUCUCCAGCGGGCUAAUAGAAGAUCCACAGUACUUCCCACAAUAUCCUCGCAUCACGCUCUGUCGAAAUCCGUCUUUUAAAAUAGAUCUUAACGAAACUUUUUUAUCCAUCGUGGAAUAUGCAUCCUUGAGUUUUGGCUAUCCCUUUAUUUCUCUAACUCCUCGAGAAACAGCUAUGAUUAUUCAAUUAGGAAUGGUAAAUAUCAGCACUGAUCAGAGCCUCAAACCAAAAUUGAAUGCCUUCAAACAGAAUCUUAUGAGACAAGAAAACCGAUACAAAGUACUGAAGAGGAUGAAUCCGCAUUUUGAUUUAAAGAAAUUCAUGCUCGAAAAUGGCGUCAGGUGUGAAAAUUUUUUCAGUCACUGCAUGGCGUCAAUAAAUUCCUUCAAUUGCUGCGACUCAUUCAAGCCCAUACUAACAUCUUUCGGCUUGUGUUAUACGUUUGAAAGUUUAACAGAAGUUGAUGAAACAAGCCGUUCAAUGGAUAUGAAAUUUACUUUCAUAUUUGAUUUACUCUCACCUCCAGAUAUCGGUGGAGCAGUCCCUAGAGGGUUCAGUGUUUUUUUUACAGAUCCAGUUUCAGAAUUCUAUAUUGCUGAAGCAUCCAAAGGUGAAAAAAUUUUCCCUGACAAGAUUACAGAGAUAUCUGUGACCCUAGAAAAAACAGAUGGUGGUCGUUGA